GUAUAAAACCCCAAACCUCAGAGAGAUAGGGCGGGAAAUCAAGCAGCCCUGACGGAGGAAAAGCCACACCCGCCCGGCGCCCGCCCUCAAUAGCUUCUUGCGUCGACUCGACCCGAUUCGUCUCCGGCGGACCCAUAAAUGGCCGAAAUCGAAACCCUAGGAAUACUCGACGAGAUUCAGUCUCUUGUUUCCGACAAACUUCAAGUGGUCUGAGACAGAGACCAACGUCUUCUCCAUGUGGGGUUCAAGACUGAUAUGCACGGUGUCAUACAAGUGGCUGAGUAAGAAUUUCUUGCUUUCUUCAGAUGCUGCAAAGAGGUUGCUUCAGAAGUUUGUUGAGAAGCAUGGAAAUGAUGUAGAAGUUGUUUAUAGCUUGUCUGGCUGGUUGAAGAAUAAUCCUUCAGCCCAUCACGUGGAGCUUGUUUCAAGUCCUAAACUUGCAGAAGUCAAACAAGAAUUAUAUGAAAAUUGCUCGGUUCAGGUCUAUAGCGUGCAAGCUUGCAUUCCAAAGGAUGCAGCAACCCUAUGGAAUGCUGAAUUUGUCCAAUCUCAGGAGCUGUUCACGCAGCCUCUCUCAGUUAAUAAUGGUUUUUGGGAUAACCGGUUUUCUAGAGUUUUGAAUUCGUGCGUUAAAAGGAAUGUUGACGGAUCAUCUGUCAGCACUGAUGUUUCUCAGGAAAAAACUUCAGGUGCACCAGUGACAUCUAAAAGCAAACUCACUAGCCAAAGUGUAACAAUGAUAACGCCUUCAUCAAGAACGGUUCAACAGGCAGAGCCAAGGGCCAAUGUGCAUUCUCCAUCUAUUGAUAAUGAUGUCAAGAAAGAUAUUUCUGUGCCGGAAGGUACUAAAAUUGAGAUGGAUAAAGAGAAGGCCGCCCAACCUCAUGAAAAUAAGAAAAAGACUCGGACUGACAAAACCUCUGCUGGGAAUGGAGGUGCAUUAGCUAAUCUGUGGGGGCGUGCAACCUCAAUGUCAAAGGCGGAUCGCAUCUCAAAAGAGACUGACAUUGCCAUACCCAAUCCAGCAGAAGCUCAAGUAUGUGCUCGUGAAGAGUUAGAAGAUGGAAAUUACUUGGAUGAUGGAGAAGAUGUCAACAUUAAGAGUUCUAACGGUAGAGGAAACCGGAAAAGAAGAGUUAUUUUGUAUUCCUCUGAUGAAGAAGAGGAAGAAGAUGCAGUCAACUUAUCAUCACCUGAUCCUCCAAAGACCAAAACAUCUACAGUAUUGAAACCAUGUUCAAACAUUCCGGGUUUAGAGAAGACAUUACAUUUUGAGAAAAAUGAGAAAAGUGAUGAGAAAUUGAUGGGAGAAUUUGUAGCCACAGAAUAUAAGAAUCAUAUUGCUGUGCCCGAGAUCUCAGGCCACAAUCCUAGUAAUGAUGAAAUCACUAGUGCAAAAAUUAGUGAUCCUACUCCAAAACCACCUCAAAGGAAGAAAGUAUUGAAGAAGAGAAUUGAUGAGCGAGGAAGAGAAGUUACUGAGGUUGUUUGGGAAGACGAGGAGACAAAACCCGAUUCCGGUCUGACAAAGAAAGCUGAAAACAAAGUAGCUAUUGAGGCUGCAGAGAGACCACCCCCCGCUAAGAAGCCACACGUGAUGGGAAACAGUGCUCCAUCGGCCCAGGCUGCCAAAGCAGGAAACAAGAAGGCCGCUAACAAAGACCCCAAACAAGGAAAAAUUUCCUCGUUCUUCAAAAAAGCUUCUUAAAUGCAAUGCGCAUCCUUUCUUGCUCAGAUCUAAAGGUACGUUCUUGGUCAGAUUACUCUUCUUGUUGUAAAAGCGUAUUGAUUGUUGUUUUCUGUAGUAAAAAGCAAACGACCUUAUUCGGUUUGAGCUUUGAACCAAACGUAGUUAUGUUCUUCGUAAUGUGUUCAUGCCACUGUUUUGUUGUCUUUGUGAUGUUUUAUCCUUUUGGCGUUUACGGAAACUCGCUUUUAAACUUAUUCUUUGUGUCCCAAAAUGAAGUUUAUCAUUUAAU